AUGGUGAAAGAGACUGGGGGGGACAGCGUGGCCUCGGGGACUGGGAAAGAAGGAGCCAUCAAGGCAGAGCAGGCAGAGGCAGCCAGUGAGGACUGCAAGGGGAGGGAAGAAGUUGUGUCGUCCAAGCCAGCUGGAUCCUUCAGCGGCCCGACUCAUGCCAGCAAAGAUGCCCCCGCGGCUCAGCCGCCUGGUGGGUUUGGAACACAGCAUCCUCAAGACCUGAAGAUCCCAUUGACACUCCAUCCAGUACCCUCUGGGACCAGGAUCCAGUUUCAGGGACCUCCACCUUCUGAGCUGAUCCGAGUGACUAAAGUGCCCCUGACCCAAGUGCCCCUUAAAAUGCAAUCCUUACUGGAGCCUUCAGUCAAAAUUGAAACUAAGGAUGUGCCCCUCACAGUGCUGCCCUCUGAUGCAGGGAUACCAGAUACCCCAUUUAGCAAAGACAGAAAUGGCCAUGUAAAACGUCCAAUGAAUGCAUUUAUGGUGUGGGCAAGAAUUCACCGGCCGGCACUAGCCAAAGCUAACCCAGCUGCCAAUAAUGCAGAAAUCAGUGUCCAGCUUGGAUUAGAGUGGAACAAACUCACUGAAGAGCAAAAGAAGCCCUAUUAUGAUGAAGCUCAAAAGAUUAAAGAAAAGCACAGAGAGGAAUUUCCUGGCUGGGUUUACCAACCACGACCCGGCAAAAGAAAGCGCUUCCCAUUGACUGUCUCCACUGUAUUUUCCGGCACCUCUCAGAACAUCAUCACUACAAACCCAACCACAAUUUAUCCUUUCCGAUCACCCACUUACUCCGUUGUCAUUCCCAAUGUACAGAACAGUAUUGGACAUCCUGUCUGUGAAGCCCCUUCUACUAUCCAGCUGCCAGCUCCUUCCAUUCAACAUCCAGGUCCAAUUACACUUUUCCAGCCGAGUGUUGGAAGCACCACACCAGUGGCUGUCCCAGCUCCAAAUCUGCCCCUUCACCCUGUAAUUCCACCACAGCGCUUUGCUGGACCUGCACAGACAGAAGCUCAUCAUGUACCUUCCGGAUCAAGUUCUUCUGUAAAGAGACCUAUCCCAGUUUGCAUUGAGAACUCCAGCAGGAACCCAAGUAAUGCCAGCACCACUCACUCCCGAUUUCCUGUCUCUAAUAGUCAACCCCCUGAGGAGUACUCAGGUGUUUCUACUUGUCCUAGAAGUGCACCAAUUCCCCAGGCUCCUCCCAUUCCUCACUCACAUCUCUAUCAACCUCCUCCCAUUGGUCAUCCAGCCACUCUCUUUGGAGCUUCUCCUCGAUUUUCGUUUCAUCACCCUUACUUCUUACCUGGACCCCACUACUUCCCAUCAAGCACGUGCCCGUACAGCCGUCCUCCAUUUGGCUAUGGGAAUUUCCCCAGCUCAAUGCCCGAAUGUCUUGGCUUUUACGAAGACCAGUACCAAAAGCACGAGGCUAUGUUUUCUGCUCUGAAUAGAGACUAUCCUUUCAGGGAGUACCCAGAUGAGCGCACACAGAGUGAAGAUUCCCGCAGCUGUGAGAGCCUAGAGGGAGUGUCUUAUUACAACAGCCACAGCCAUGGCGAGGAGGAAUAUUUAACUCCCAUGCCACAGCUGGAUAUUGGAGCCUUGGAGAACGUUUUCACCACAACCCCGUCCACACCCUCCAGCAUCCAGCAAGUCAAUGUGACUGACAGCGAUGAGGAGGAGGAGGGGAAAGUGUUAAGAGAUUUGUAA